UGUUCAAAAACUGAAAGAUAUGAUUAAUACUAUCAUCAUCUUCACAUUUUUGUGUGCUAACCUAAUCAUCAAUAUACUUCCGGCCGGGGGUGUUUCAACUAUCAAAGUUGGCGAGUCACUAAACGCCACUUCUCGACUUGUUUCCCCUAGUAAAAACUUCACAUUAGGAUUUUUCACUAUCCCAGCGACUAGCCACACGUAUCUAGGAAUUUGGUACACUAAUGAUGAUAAAACCGCAAAAGUAUGGGUGGCCAACCCAUCUACACCGAUUGUGUCUGGCGUUGAUCAUGUCUUCAUGAUCAACGCUAACAGUGGCAAGUUGACCAUUGCUAGUGAAGGAACAACCCUUGUAAAUAUCUCUGAUAAUCAAAUCGGUCAGGGUCCUCAUUUGACUGCAAAUCUUGAGGACAAUGGUAAUUUCCAGCUCAAGAAUGAGACCGACAACAUGACACUCUGGCAAAGUUUUGAUCAUCCAACCAAUGUACUAUUACCUGGCAUGAAACUCGGAUCAGACCUUAGAACGGGCCAGAAAUGGGAAUUAACUUCUUGGCUUAGCGAUGAAAUCCCUGAUCAAGGCGCUUUUACUUUGAGUUGGCAAGCUACUGAAAAGGCGUCUCAAAGAAUGAUGAUUAGACGACGAGGCCAACCAUAUUGGAGCAGUGGGGACUUAGAUAAUGAAACAUGUCCAUAUCUUGCAUUAUUUAAUGGGCCGGAUAGUCUGUACCAUUACAAUCUCACUUAUGUAUAUAAUAAUGAGGAAAGAUACUUCAGUUACAAUAUCCUUGAAACAGUAUCUAAUGCUCAAGCCAUGUGGUAUUUGACUCCACGAGGCGAAAUAAUGGAUGGUUAUAUGAAUAUCAAUAUGUAUUGGACACCGGAGUUAUGUUAUGGGUUUGAUUCUGGUAAUGGAUGUAUGGAUGAUCCUAUUUCGCCUUGGUGUAGGAGUGAGCAUGAUAAGUUUAGCAAAUUGAAUGGAUACUUUGCACCUGGCGCAAUACGGGUGUAUGAUUUUAAUACUAGUCUAAGUAUUAGUGAUUGUAUGGUGAGGUGCUGGAAUAACUGCAACUGUGUCGGGUUUGCCUCGGCUCACAUCAAUGAAACAGGCUGUUCUAUAUGGACGGGAAACAAAUCAGCCAGUAAGUUUAUAACAGAUCCACAAGAAAGAUUUGGGUUGACAUAUGUACUUAUAUCUCUAAACCCGCAUAAAGAUAUUACCAUCAUUUGGGCACCAGCCGUUGCUGGCUUUCUUCUACUUUUCUUUUGCUUUGGUUUAGUGUGGUAUCUUAAGAAGAGAAAGCAUAGACGAGAAGAGGAGAGACAAAAAAGAGACGAAAAAUAUCUUCUUCAGUUAAUGGCUUCAGAAAGUUUUGAUAGUUCAAAUAAUCAUGAAAACAACGGCAGAAAAGGAAGUGACUUGAUAGUGUUUGGCUUUGCUUCUAUAGCAGCUGCCACAAAUGACUUCGCCAACGAAAAUAAACUUGGACAGGGUGGUUUUGGACCUGUUUAUAAGGGGAAACUUAGCGAUGGAAGAGAAAUUGCAGUUAAGAGGCUUUCAAAAACAUCAGGACAGGGGCUUUUGGAAUUCAAGAAUGAGCUUGUACUUAUCGCCAAUCUUCAACAUACAACUCUUGUACGGGUUCUAGGUUGUUGUAUUCGUGGAGAGGAAAAGUUGUUAAUUUACGAAUACAUGCCCAACAAGAGUUUGGAUUUCUUCCUCUUCGAUGAAACCAAAAAGGUGCUACUAGACUGGCGCAAACGAUGGAUUAUCAUUGAAGGAAUUGCUCAGGGCUUGCUAUACUUACAUAAAUACUCGAGAAUGACGGUUAUUCAUAGAGAUCUUAAAGCUAGUAAUGUAUUGUUAGAUGAAAGUAUGAAUCCUAAAAUUUCUGAUUUCGGCAUUGCAAGAAUUUUUAAGCAAAAUGAGACUAAAGUGAUGACCAAGAAGGUGGUUGGAACAUAUGGUUACAUGUCUCCCGAGUAUGCAUUGGAAGGGACUUUUUCGGUGAAGUCUGAUGUUUUCAGUUUUGGAGUCAUAAUCCUGGAAAUCGUGACUGGAAGAAGGAAUACGACCUUUUCCCAUCUUGACAAGUCAGUCAAUCUAAUCGGAUAUGCAUGGGAGUUAUGGCAACAAGGGGAUGCACUGGAAUUGGCGGAUCCAACGAUAGCUGAUACUUGUGUGGUACAACAAUUGUUGAGGAGUAUUCAUAUCGCACUUCUCUGUGUACAGGAAAAUGCGUUGGACAGACCAGUGAUGUCGGAAGUGAUGUCUAUGCUUACCAAUGACACCAUGACAUUACUUGACCCAAAAUGCCCAGCAUUCUUCUUUGGGAGAACUACUUCAAACUCAGCUGAAUUGGAAUCGAAGGACUGCUCUGUAAGCAGUACAACCAUAACAAAAAUGGAAGGUCGAUAGAAUGCAAUGUGUUUUGUAACUGCAGGUGAAAUGCAACAUAUACCUUCUAUUAUAUCGGUAUUAUCUAUAAUGUAGCGGAGUUUAUGAUAUACAAACUUAUAUUUUUUGUUGAUGUAAUUUUCAUUCCUUUGAGGGGUUUUGAGCCUUCAUGAGUGUGACCGGACUCUAUCACAAGUUGGCCUUUUGACAUUUGCUAUGGAUGAUCUGUCGGAUGCUCUAAGAGCUUUUCUUUUUUAUGCUUUGUAAAUUCGAAAGAUUUGGAAAAUGGAUAAAGAAAGCAUUCUUCAUUGACCCAAAGA